AUGAUUUUGUACACCCUUGUGAUGUCGACAUUACUGCAAGACAGCCACCUUGUCUAUGCAGCUUAUCCUUUUGACCAGUUCGUGUUGUUUCCCGACUCUGCCAUGAGAGGAGCGAGUGAAAGCAUACCAGGAACGACAGAAGAGCGCUGUCUGCGGGCCUGUUUAGAGGGAACCCCCUCCGUGCCACAAGGAGCAUGUACUUCUGUGGACUUCUUCACAGGCAGUGGCAGCUGUCACCUCAUGAUACCCAACAAGUUGACUCAUCCAGAACUAUAUGUUCAGUAUGCUGGCACAUUAUACUAUCAAAAACUUUUUGAUGAAUGUACAGCAGGAAUCGACAUCUGCGGCGCGCAUGCGUGUAUAGACCUGCCUGACGGCUACACCUGCGCAUGCCCACCAGGUUUCCAGUGGGACUGGGACGCGGCAGACUGUCUUGACAUCGAUGAGUGUGAAAUGGAUAAUGGAAACUGUACCGAAGUAUGUACCAACUCCGCCGGUUCCCACAUCUGUUCCUGCUAUGGAGGACUGCCCAUGGACAACGGCACCUGUCUUGCCUGCCUUGCCGGAGACACAGACGGCACCUAUGAAUAUGUGUGGGAACUGCAGCCUGUCACCUUCCCGUACAUCGUCAUGGCACAAACGGACGGUCCGGUUCACCUGGCCCUGUCUGCUGAAGCCGGAAAUGUUGACCAGGCGUACGAGAUCGUCAUCCGGGGUUGGAGUGUGGAUGGGAGCGUCAUCCGCCGCAGUGUGGAGGGUCCAGACCUGGUCUCUGUCGACACUAGAGGAAUCCUAGCUGAAGGUGCCUACAGCGCGUUCUGGAUCUACUGGUGGCCGAACGGAACCAUCGCAGUCCGGCUACACGGGGAGACCCUGCCCUUCCUACAGUGGACGGACCCCGAACCUCGGCCGGUCAGCUACAUCGGGUAUACCAUGGAUCAACUCCCGGGGCUGUGGAGGUUCUGCCGAGUGAAUGGAGACUGGAGUGAGUGGGGCAGUUGGGGCGCCUGUGACGCGACGUGCGGAUACGGAACCAUGGAGCGGACCCGGACUUGUGACAACCCGCCGCCGAGAAUAUCCAUGAGAGUCCAGUACGUUCUGUGCUGGUACGAUCCCCGUCUGUUCGGCCUGGCCCCGGGGUGGGUUCUGGUCCCGCCCGCCCUGCUCUGGUCCCCGCCGCUCGCGUUCGGACGGACGGUCCGCCGGGCCAGCACGGAAGAAGACGAUGACAACAAGAUGUGGAUGAACCAAGAUGGACUGGUUAUUCUUCAGAUAACCCGUCUGCUAGAAGUGACCUGUGUGGCGAAAUUGGCGAGGUAUCCUCUCGACACUCAGGUCUGCUCUGUGGCUCUGCUUGGAUACAACGGCAUACGGUACCGUCUGCAGCCGUCUACAUUACCCAAACGGGCCCCCAUCAAGAGUGACGCUACAGGAGUGGUGUCACAGUUCACGUUCAUCGGAGUGGAAGAACGGGCGGUCUUCAAAUCAUUCAUCACUAACGGCACGGGUACAGCGUCUUGCAGCUACCUCGAGCAGGACUGUGACUACCGUUUGGAGGAGUGCAUGACGUCACUUUCAGACGAGUGUACAGCUGGGUCCGGCUGUGGCCACUGUUACCUCAUCAUCGGGGACUGUCUACAUCAACUAGGGACUUGUCCACAUUAUCACAAUGACACCAGCGCGUUCACGUCCCUGGAAGUCCACGUGCGACUCCGAAGAGUCCUGUGGCGGUACAUCCUGACUGCCUACCUCCCGUCCACCGUCGUGGUUUCCGCCUCUUAUCUACAGACAUGGCUGUCGCCCACACAGGCCGCCAUUUCUCCCAGGAUCGUUCUCGGUGUCAUGUCAGUACUGACGAUGAUCAAACAGAUGGGGAAGACUGCACGCAUGCCUUGGGAGAAGAAAGAAAUCCGCGCAGAGAAGCUGGAGAGAGAACGGAACCUUCCUGUCCAAAUCCCCCGGCCCGGACUGAAGGAUCCCUCGGGGUGGACUCACAGGCCGCCCGAACACCACACGUACAAGGUCGCGGUACCCGAGGAGCCGGUAUCCAUUCCUCGAGCACGGCUGAGCAAGCCUGCCAGUCUUAGGUGGCACCAACUGGCUGACAAAGAGUGGGUGAUUGUGAUCAAAGAGACUGUCGCUGAUCUCAAGAAUAAAGAGGACAACGUCUGGAAGUCGCGAGACCACGCCGACAGUCCGACCGUGUCGUACACCCCUCCCACGAUGACGUCACACACCAUGUACACAAACGUCCCGGCUUUUGACGCCAGAACCGUCGGGCCCAGUGCAGCCGAACGGGCCGACACGUUCACUACUGCCCCGGAGACAGCGGCGGCCUGUGAGGGGGGAACCUUGGAGCUGUCCUGUGACCCGGGAUGGACGCUUCUGAUCGACGCCGCCAACUACGGCCGCACGUCCUUUACCCACAGCACCUGCGGCAAUUUCGGAAGCGACAGUUGUGUAACAGCCAGUAGUCUGUCGAUGGUGAGGAGUGAAUGUGAGGGGGUACAGAUGUGCACCGUGGGGGCAAGCAACGGGUUAUUCGGGGACCCCUGUCCCGGAAUCGGCAAGUACCUGGAGGCAACAUACCGCUGCGAAGGUAACCCCUGCACUACUCCGCCCAGCUACCCCGAUAGUUACCCCUCUAGCUGCAUGGACCAGCCCAUCUACCAAGCCGGACACAUCUGUACCUUCACCUGCCCGGACGGGUUCACUCAGUCCGCGGGGGACGCCGACAAACUGUGCGAGAACGGCAGAUGGGUGGGGGACGACUUAGUGUGCGACGACAUCGAUGAGUGCGGGAUGAAUAAUGGAGACUGUGCCGAGGUCUGUACCAACUCCGCCGGUUCCUACAUCUGUUCCUGCUAUGGAGGACUGCCCAUGGACAACGGCACAUGUCUUGCCUGCCUUGCCGGAGACACAGACGGCACCUAUGAAUAUGUGUGGGAACUGCAGCCUGUUACCUUCCCGUACAUCGUCAUGGCACAAACGGACGGUCCCGUUCACCUGGCCCUGUCUGCUGAAGCCGGGAAUGUUGACCAGGCGUACGAGAUCGUCAUCCGGGGUUGGAGUAUGGAUGGGAGCGUCAUCCGCCGCAGUGUGGAGGGUCCAGACCUGGUCUCUGCCGACACUACAGGAAUGCUAGCUCAAGGCGCCUACAGCGCGUUCUGGAUCUACUGGUGGCCGAACGGAACCAUCGCAGUCCGGCUACACGGGGAGACCCUGCCCUUCCUACAGUGGACGGACCCCGAACCUCGGCCGGUCAGCUACAUCGGGUAUACCAUGGAUCAGCUCCCGGGGCUGUGGAAGUUCUGCCGAGUAAAUGGAGACUGGAGUGAGUGGGGCAGCUUUAGCGCCUGUGACGCGAAGUGUGGGUACGGAACCAUGGAGCGGACCCGGACUUGUGACAACCCGCCGCCGGUAGAGUAUCUAGGCGGGACCUGCAUAGGGUCGACCGGGAUAGAGUGA